GAAACGCCUCCUAAUACAAGUAUCUUAACGUCGGCCAGAAAGAGUAAUGGAUGAUGAGUUACGAUAACAUUGCUAACAAAGACACCCCACGAGUUGGCUUUCCCUUAUUUUAACUUCUGCAAAAUUUAUCACUUCUUUCUUCUUAACUUUACAGGUCUCCCACCUGCCCCCACCCCAACCCCCUAAUCUGCCACCAGUCAGUUCGAAAUUUGACCCCCAAACCCAUCCUCUUUUAGCCCCCACCCUCCUUCACCAGCUACACUUAUACUGAUUCUCUUCUUGUAGGCACCCACACCGACUCUUCCUCUUUCUGUUCUUCCACAAAGUUGAAUUAAAGCGAAGAAAAAGAGAAACCCCACUACUUGUCCACUUGUUCUCUUUUGGCUCAAAAAGUUUUGCAAUACUCUCACCAACUAUUACUUGGGUCAUUUUUUUUCUGCUGGUUGGAGUUUCUAAUUCUUCAAUAGCCAAUCGGAUAAAAUCUUUGUUAGGCCCUUCUCCUUGCCCUCACCCCACUUCACCACCCACCCAAUUCCCCACCCGCUGCCUACUCUUCAAGUUUUCUUUUUCAAGAUGGAAUUUAGAGACUCGCAUAACGAAAACCAAGAUGGUGGCAGCAGCAAUAAUAACAAUAAUACCAACAACAACGACAAUAAUAACAAAGCACUUUCUACCGUAGUUGUUAAGAAGCCAUCUAAAGACCGUCACACCAAAGUUGACGGUCGAGGACGGCGCAUACGGAUGCCAGCUUUAUGCGCAGCCCGAGUUUUCCAACUCACGAGAGAGUUAGGUCACAAGUCUGAUGGCGAAACUAUUGAGUGGCUUCUACAACAAGCUGAACCGUCUAUUAUUGCUGCAACAGGAACAGGUACAAUUCCAGCAAAUUUCUCAACUCUUAACAUUUCUUUACGGAGCAGUGGGACAACAAUUUCAGCUCCGCCGUCGAAAUCCGCACCGCUUUUCAUCCACGGUGGCGCCACCACUAUGCUAGGUUUCCACCACCAGCUUCCGGGGAGCACUUUUGGCCAAGACCCAGAUGAGAAUUUCAUGAAAAAAAGGUACAAGGAAGAUACAGCUGGAGCAGGAGCAACUUCACCAUCAUCUUCAUCAGCUAAACCGGAAAGAACCGGAGUUCAAGGUACUGAACCGGAUCAAGAAUCAAAACCCGGUUCAUCUAGCUACAUACCGGCUCCAGCUAUGUGGGCGGUUGGACCGGCAGCCGGUAACGUAGGGAACACGUUCUGGAUGUUACCGGGCACGUCAUCAACCAUGCAGAGAAUUGGCGGGUUUGAAUUACCAGGAGGUGGCCGGUUCAGUCCGGUUCAACUAGGAUCAAUGUUUUUGCAGCAACCACAGCCGGUUCAGCAGCUGGGGUUAGGUGUCACAGAGACAAAUAUGGGAAUGUUGGCAUCUAUGAAUGCAUAUAAUAAUAAUAAUAAUAAUAAUAAUAGUAGUAGUAGGGGUAGUGGGAUUGAUUUGGGCAUGAAUUUGGAGCAACACCAUCAUCAUCAUCAUCAAAAUCAGCCACAAAAUAGUGACAGUGGUGAUGAAAAUCACAAAGAUUCUCAAUCAUGAUUCCAACAUUGAUGCCAUUUGGAUAAAUUCAUGAUGUUUAUUUUAAUAAUUUAAUGUAGUUAGGAGAGAAUUGCUUGUGGUCAUUGUAAAUGUUUUAUUUUCAGUGUUAUCUUCACUCAUUUUUAACGUU